UUUUACGAUCGAUCCGAUCAUAAAAAUUUUAUCCUCCAAAAGUAUAGAUAAUUUUCUCUUUUUCUUUCUUCGUCCGGUUCUACUCCAGCUCGUGCUGCCAUAUACAGUGGAAGCGCCCAAAGACCUGGCGAUAUCGGUUCGUUUUUAAUUCGGGGACUUUGUUUUGUGGGUGGUUUGAGGGGAGAUGGAGGGCUACGUGAACAAUAGGUUUGGCGGGGUGAAGGCGAAGAACUCGUUGGAGAAGGCGCUCUGGCGAUGGCGGAAGCUGUGCUACGGGGUGAAGAAACCCAAGCGGCGCUUCCGCUUCACCGCCAACCUCUCCAAGCGAUCCGAGGCCGAGGCCAUGAAACGCACAAACCUGGUGCUCUUCUUCUCCCUUCUUCGACCGCUUUUGGGUUUGGGGUUUAGAUUUGAAGCAUUCUGGAUCAUAUGUGAAGGAUCACUAGAUAAUUAGACACGAGGAGAGUUUGGUAGAUCUAACUAAAAAGAAGACAGAUGAAUCUUUCAUCAACUAGAACAAGAUCAUUUAUGUAUUACCUAAUGGCAGCAAUAAUUUAUUUUUGGCAAGAAUUGAUGGAAAUCGGACCAUUGUAUCAAGAAAAGUACUGGCCUGGCUUUGUUUGUUACCUCAGAGUGAACCUCGAAUGCGUCUUCACUGUUAAUUUUCUAGAUUGUGGUAGAACGUGCAUUCCUCCUUAUACAGAUAUGGAAUUUGUGAACUCUUAAUUAUUUUAUAAUACUGGUAAUAGGCUCCCCAAACAACUUUGGUUUCUCCUCUUUUCUAAAUUCUUUAAAAGCACCGAUCAUCCUUUUGAUUCACUUGAAUGUCCUCCCUCACCCUCCAAGUUCGUGCAACCAAAAACUGUGAUGGAUUCACCAACCAAAAUUCAAUUUCCUCAACCGUGUCAAAAAGCAUGCUGCUUCUUCACUGGUUACUGGAAAUCCGUUUGGAAAUUUUAGAUUUCUUUUAUUUUAUGAUAUUCGAUGGAAACACCAACAGCUCUUGCUGCAUUUUACAGGAUAGAUUGCGCAUUUGUAUUGUUGUUACCAAAGUUGCACUUCAGUUCAGACGGGGUGUCAAAGUACACAGUGAAAACGUUGUACCUGAUGAGGUUAAGGCAACUGGGUUUCAGAUUUGUGCUGCUGAGUUGGGAUCCAUUGUCGAAGGCCAUGAUGUAAAGAAGUUGAAGGUGCAUGCCGGUGUGGAUGGCAUUGCAGACAAGCCCUCCACAUCAUCAACUAAUGGGCUUACUCCUACUGAGGAUGCAUUGAAGUGCAGACAGGAGGUUUAUGGAGUAAAUAGGUUCACCGAAAGCAAUGGCAGAAGGGCCAUGGAAGAAGGGCAAUGGCAGAAAGGCAAAUUUAUCGGAAGUGGUACAUUUGGAAAUGUGUAUGAAGCCAUCAACAGGCACACUGGAGCUUUAUGUGCAAUGAAGGAAGUCAAUAUAAUUCCCGAUGACUCCAAGUCCGCUGAAUCUUUAAAACAGCUGAAGCAGGAAAUAAAAUUUCUGAGUCAAUUUAAGCAUCCAAAUAUUGUGCAGUAUUAUGGGAGUGAAAUUAUUGAGGAUCGGUUUUGCAUAUACUUAGAGUAUGUUCAUCCUGGUUCAAUCAAUAAGUAUGUCCAUCAGCAUGGUGCAGCUAUGACAGAAUCAGUGGUUCGCAAUUUCACUCAUCAUAUUCUUAAAGGGCUGGCUUACUUGCAUAGUAAAAAUAUAAUGCACAGGGAUAUCAAAGGUGCAAAUUUGCUUGUAGAUGUGAAUGGUGUGGUUAAGCUUGCUGAUUUUGGGAUGGCAAGACAUUGGAGUGAAGCAACAGCAGUACUUUCACUUAAGGGAACACCGUACUGGAUGGCUCCAGAGGUGGUGCAGGCUACAAUGAAUAAAGAUAUUGGUUAUAAUCUUUCUGUUGACAUAUGGAGUUUGGGUUGUACCAUUAUUGAGAUGUGUACAGGGGAACAUCCUUGGAGUGGUUUUGAAGGGGCUGCAGCUAUGUUCAUGGUCUUGCACAAAGACCUACCCAUUCCUGAAACAUUGUCCUCUGAGGGCAAGGACUUUCUUCAGCUUUGCUUUCGUAGGAAUCCAGCAGAAAGGCCAACUGCAAACCAGUUACUUGAACAUCCUUUUAUUCGGAACUUGCACCAUGACAACGCCCAUGGUUCCAUACAGGUGUUUGCAUGAACUAAUUUGGAUAGCAGAUACAAUUCAAGAGACAGAAUCACAUCAAAAAGUGACUCAUGCAUUAAUAGGAAGCAGUUAUCCAAAGGAUAAGCUAGUAGCGGUGAUGUUACCAUUGUGAGAUUCACUGUGUUGGAACACUCGAAUGCAAACUCAUCUAUGUAUGGUUUUGAAUAGCUUCUGAUUUUGGCUGGCUGUAUGUCCCCGAAGAUCAAAUAAGUGCUUUGAACAGAGGCUGGCAGCCACAUGACAUACGCCAUUUAAUUCUUUUAGGAACUGGGUUGUACAGUGGAGUUGUAUACCCCACGCCCCCUGAUUUUUCUCCCCUUCUCAGUGCUAGGUCAUAUAACUACGAUGGUACAGGAGGUUAUGUAUCUGCGGAAUCAGCUGCGCUCAAUCUGGUUACUCUUUAUAUACUUGGAUGGGGGAAAUAGGAAGCUGGAUGUUGUACACUACUGUUGCAUGGCAGAACUUCAUCAGGGGCUGAAGUUCUAUAUGCAGGGACUUACGGAUGACAUUGAUGUGCAUGAUAUAGUUUACAGAAAUGAAAUUUGGUUGUAGAUAUUCUUUGCUCUCUGAAUGUGUAUGUUCUUUGUGAACUAUUAUUUGGCUAAUUAAUACCAGGAAAUUGAGGUGCAUCGGUCACCAAUACAAA